AUGCAAUUUAACAAUCAACACGAUUAUACCAAUCUUAUGUCCACCACGUUUGGCACCACCAACGCCUACUUUUAUCAACAAGAGCCUGCUGCCACUACUACUACUGCUUCGGCUGCACCAUUGUUGUUGGAGCCAUAUGAUCACAUGGUGCCAUCGAGUGAUGCUGCCGUCGUCAACAAUACAAAGAACAAUGAUCGAGACCAGACAUCGGCUAAAGAUAACAACCGGAAGAGACCGAAGCGUAAGCAAGUUAAGAAUGCAUGUGUUAACUGUCAAAAGGCAUGCAAAAAAUGUGAUGAUGGUCGUCCUUGCCAACGUUGCAUCAAGCUUGGUCUCACCGCCACAUGCACCAACUCCCCUCGUAAGGAGCGCAAGAAAGGUGUUAAGCGUGGUCCCUACAAGAAGCGUCAAACUGCACACCAACAACAGCAAGAACAAGGUGUGAUUGGUACCUCGACAUUCAACACCAACAAUGACAUGUAUCAACAGCCCCUCAACAUCACCCCACCUUUGACUACCAACACCUCACCUUUGUCGAGCUCGCCUUUGUCUGCCGAUUUGGGAUACAACUACCUCGCAACAACCCAUGAUGUUGCUUCAUCAGCUUCUGCUUCUUCGCUUUCACCAGUGUCACCCCACUUUCCUCAACUUGCUUGGGAAAACAAUCCUCGCCAAUACGAUGGUUUGUGGCAAGAUGCUCCUGGAAUCGAUAACACCAAUGUUAUGGUUCAGCAUUUGGAUGCUCCUAUUACCAACAACAACACCAUGACUACCACCACUGCUUUCGACUCUCUCGCUUACAACAACAUGGUGAAAUCCCAGCAGCAACAACCUUACGACUUUUUGUAUAUGGAAGACCCUUGCAUCAUGACCAGCGAUGAUAAUACAUGGGCCAUGUACUCCCAACAACAGCAACAACAACAACAAGUUCAGUAUUACCAGCAACCUCAAUCGACUGGCUACUGGCAGACAUUUUUGGCCAACGCCUAA